GAAAACUCUUUGGAAUAUAUGUCAUAAAACGGCGACUCCUUGCAGUCGUCGUAAACAAAAUAUGAAUGAGGACCAAAUUAUUUAACUUGGAGGUGCUCGGGCUACUAGUAUUAUCCUUACAAGUGCCCUGGCCAGGACCUUCAGUGUUUAAAAUAUCAUGUCCUCGUGAUAGUGCAAGACUUGUUAGAAAAAUAAUUACUAGUAAAUGGACUCCAGUAUUAGCUCGACAUGGAGUUACAUUACCAUUAGAAUGUCCUUUCCAUGCAGCCCGGGAUGUUUAUGCUCCUCAAGAGGCAGCUAAACAACAACAUCGUGCUUCACAAUGGACUUGUGGUUUAUGUGGUAAAUCAUUCUUUGAAGAAAAACAUUUAGAUCAACAUUUUGAUGCUCGGCAUAAAAGUGCAAUUAAUACAGCCGAAGAUGCUGUUUGUUUGGCAGAUUACUGUGACAUAAUGCGAUGUGAGGUACUUUUAUCAAAGGAUGCAGUAUCGGCAGGGCUUGUUGAACCAUCAGCAUUAAAUACUGAUGUGGAAAUUUGGCGUGAAGCAACUGCAUAUCGAACUGCCUUAGCAGUAACACCCGGGGGCAAUUCAAGGGAUUUAGCAAAAAUAUCACCAAUUAAUCCUGCACACAAGGAAAAUGUAGCUACAACAACGGCACCACAUCGAUUACGUCGGUGUGGUUUACAAGCUCAUAUCGAAGAUACACCACCUAAGAAUUCAGAAGAUCCAACUAAUAACACAGAAGAAAAACGUCAAUCAACAUCGACCACAACCGAUUGUGAUAAAAGUGAUUUAGUAGAUUCAACAUUACCACCAGUUGAUCGUAAACAUCAACAUUUAUCCGAAUUAAAAGCAAAUUGUAAACCUGAAGAACUGCAUAAAUUAAAAGUACGUUGUGAGAUAUUAGUACGUGAUUGUAUUGCUGGUUUAUUGGUACAAUUAAGUGUUGAAGAUUUUCAACAAAUUGAAGAGGAUCUUAAUCGUGCCGUAUGUUGGUUCUUAACAUGUGAUCGUUACUGGGAAGAUCAUAAUUCAUCAGAUAAUCGAAAUUUUCCUUGGGGAUUAUUAUUUUUAACUGUGAUGGUUUUGUCACUAGGUGUAUGUCUCUGUUAUUAUGUUGUGUGGGUAUUAUUUGACGGAGAUGAUGGCACAAGUGUGGCAAGUACUAGCGGAUCAAUAACAGCCCCAUCAUCACCGUCACGACCCACAUUGGGAAGCGUUGAUCCCCCAACACCACUUCAACCACCUGAAGAGUACAAUGAGCACUAUAUUUAUGUAACUUACCCGCCUGAAUUAAAACGUCGGAUUAUGGAAAGCUGUUACAAUAGGACCACAAGACUUUAGCGAAGAACAGUGCCCAAAACAAAUAAAAUAUAGUGAUUUAUAAUUCGAUAUAGACAUCAAUUAUUAUCAGUGUUCAUACUAAAGUAGAUAAUUAUUAUAUAAUAAUAAAUGAAAAUUUCAAUAAAUAAA